GGUUCUUGGCGCGAUGGGGCUCCGGCUUGAUCUCCCUUACCUCGUCUCCAAGAAGGGCCACGUCCUGUCGCCGCGGCCGAUUGGAGUGAAGAAGCUCAAAAUCCCCAAGCGCGUCUUCUUCAUGCUCGGCUAUCCGGGCACGGGCAAGUCUACCGCGAUCGCGUCUAUCCUUGAGAAGCUCAGGAAGAAUCACCCCAGGCUGCGAGUCCAGGGCUUCUACCAGAAACCAUUGCUUCGCAGGGGCGAGAGCAUUGGCGUGGAAUCGGUCUCGGUGAAUGGCCCCAGCAAGAUCUUCACGUCAACAUAUCCCAUUCCGGGGUCCGCCACACGGACUCCGCCAUUUCUGGGAAAGCAUAGGAUCGACAUUGGAGCUUUCGAAUCCAUCGCUUUACCGGAGUUAAAACUACACUACGAGACCGAGCUCUUUGUCGUGGACGAAGUGGGAGUGAAGGAACUAAUGUCUCCAAAGUUUUAUCCUUUGCUCCAAGACGUGCUCAACUCCGAGGUUCCGAUACUGGGAACUUUGCAACGGAAUUGCUACUGGGAGGACAGGAUCAAACAAGUGGAGGAGAUCAAGAAACGCAAAGACACGCUGAUCUACAAAAUCUACAAGAAGACCACGAACCACACAGCAAAGCUGGUGUACCAAAGGCUCAACCAGUUUUUCCUCUACAGGAAAGAGGAAGGCCGAGAUCACAUCCGGAGAAGUCACUGAUCGUGUUCAUAAUCAAAUGGUACAUUUUUCUCCUUCUUUCUAUCCUUUGAUUGAUCCCGUGCUGCGAUAGAUCACAUCAACGCGAUAGUUUUGCUUGUCUCGUCAGAAGGUACACUUGUUCUUCCCGAUUGUUCUUGUUUUUAACUUCGAAACUUCAGCUAGACGCGAGCUGGUCUCGAGAGCCCCAUGCCGGUGCCACUACCAACAUGCUUGAACGUCUUGGCUUCCAGAUUUUCAUCGUGACCAGCGAAACCAGUGCCACCUUUCUCCAGCGUCA